AUGGCUGCUUCGUUCAAGCUUGCGGUGGCGGUGACAUGGGCCUUGGUCCUUGCGACGACGGCGUGCCAGGGCCUUGAGGUGGGAUACUACAAGAAGACAUGCCCCCGCGUGGAGCACAUUGUCCGGGACGAGGUGAAGAAGUUCGUCUACAAGAACGCCGGCAUCGGCGCCGGCCUCAUCCGCAUGCUCUUCCACGACUGCUUUGUUCAGUGUGUAAUUAUUGUCUACUUUAAUUUUUCUAUAUAA